AGCGUUGACUUUUUAUGAGACUUUGAACAUCCUUAUUAAUAUUAUUAUUUUUCACUUCUCUUAAUUUCCCACAGCUAUGGCUGACCAUACCAUUUCUUCAUCAAUCUCCAAUUCCACUUCUUUUUCUACAAUCUCCAAUUCUUUGUUGACAAGAUCAUGAAUAACACAACAUCAGAAGUUCCUAAUGGAGGAGGCUUUCUUGGUUCCAACAGCAUAAGUGGAUUUGGUUAUGGCAUAGGAGUUUCUAUUGGAAUCCUUUUACUUAUCACAACAAUAACCUUAGCUUCUUACUUCUGCACAAGACAACAGCAGCAGCAACCGUCGUCCACGGCAAGCCGGAGAGGGAAUAAUACAGAAGAUCAGCCACCGGAGUUACAAAACAUUGUUGUUGAAGUAGGGCUUGAUGAAGCUACUUUAAAAAGUUAUCCCAAGUUAUUAUAUUCUGAAGCCAAGAUUCAGAAAAAAGACUCUACUGCUUCUUGUUGCUCUAUAUGUUUAGCAGAUUACAAGUCUACUGAUAUGCUCCGCCUGUUGCCAGACUGCGGCCAUCUCUUCCACCUCAAGUGUGUCGACCAAUGGCUGCGCCGCCACCCUACUUGCCCUGUUUGUAGAACUUCUCCAUUGCCUACUCCUCUCUCUACCCCACUCGCUGAGGUAGUUCCAUUGGCAAGCAGAAGGGAUUAAAAAAUUGUUUCCAGGAUUGUGGGAUUGGAGUUUCAAUUUUAGGUGCAAAAGAAAAAAGAAUAUGAUUCUUGAUUUUUUGUCAAGAUCCCUAUGUUUCUUUGAUGUAAUUUCUUGAUUUUCAUUCUUUUGUUUUUCAAAAUGAAUUUUAAGUCACAAAUAGUUAAUGAUUGAAAAUUUGAAAUGUAUGUGGUAGAUUAGAUUCAGGAGUUUCUGCA